AUGGACGAAGCUCAAGCUACCAGCUUCAGCCAUCCUUCGCAAAACCCGGACUUGAGCUCCAUCAAAACCUUCUGGACGGAGAUGAAGCUCGAGCUCAACAGGUCCCCGGCAUCUUCGCUUUGGGACCUAAAGGUGAAAUUGCGGAGCAUUUGGUCUUCCAUUGAUGAAGAUCUAGUGCGUAAGACCGUUCGCUCAAUGCACAAGCGCCUUGAUGCAGUAAAGGAAGCUCGGGGUGGCCACACGAACGGCCUCGUGUGA